AUGCUGUAUAUUUCCACAUUUUGUCCCUCCCCUCCAGCCUCCGCCCCCGUUGCUCUCUUUCGUCGGGUUUCCGACGGUACCUUUGGAUCCGGAAGUCGAGGGGAGGAUCAACUCUUUCGACGAUCGGACACGACGGACAGUGGCGCAUUCCUGAAGCUUCCAGUGUCUUUGUUUCGGAAAGGGAGCAACUUGAGGGUAAGGUGGUGGGUUCGCUUUUCUGCCUGCCUGUCCCCUCGCCGUCUCAAAGAGCUGUUCCUCCGUUCUGAGCUGGUAACUUGGCCAUUCCACUGCAGCUGCCAGGAAACGGGACAAAGUUCAGAAGUUGUCUCUCCCCGCCCCGCCAUGCACUCAUAAGAAGGUGCAGGAAAGACCCAGGCAGGGCGAGUUUAAGGAGCAGAGCACCUUGCUUCUUGCUGGGUUCCCAAGCGGCUUGCAAGUCAUAUAGAAUGUGGUUGCAUAAAAUGAAUCCUGGCCGCUUAAAUUCUCCCCCACCCUAUAGACUUGUUCAAAAGUUACCUCUCUGUGGAACCAAGUGGGCACUUCUUGAGUUAUACAGCUCAACUAUCUGUCUUUGUGGGCGAUGGGAGUGUACACUCUUUGAAUGUACCAUGUGAAUGCCCUUUGUGUAAAUAAUCACACAUGAGUUAAUAACAUCUGGUAAAGGUAAAGGGACCCCUGACCAUUAGGUCCAGUCACAGACUACUCUGGGGUUGCGGCGCUCAUCUCACUUUAUUGGCUGAGGGAGCCGGCGUACAGCUUCCGGAUCAUGCGGCCAGCAUGAUUAAGCCGCUUCUGGCAAACCAGAGCAGCGCACGGAAACGCCAUUUACCUUUCCGCCAGAGUGGUACCUAUUUAUCUACUUGCACUUUGAUGUGCUUUUGAACUGCUAGGUUGGCAGGAAAUAACAUCUGGACAAAACGCUAAAAUCAGUGUGUGAAACUAAGGCUGCUUGGAAGCUACGCCCACUUCCCUAAUCCCAGGUGAGGAACAUGAUCUACAGAUACUCAAAGGUCUUUGUGCUCUUUCUCACUAUUUAAAAUGUCCCCUGGAUAAAUACUGAUGGUGAAAAUGGGCUGCAUAGUUCAGUCCUGCCAGUGCCUCAAAUCACUUUGGUGUCCCGGCCUCUUGCAUUAUUUUACAAUUAUAUAUGACAGCAGAUUACACCCCAGUUCUCGCAGUAUUUGCACUGCAGUAAGAUAAGUGCUGGUGGUUCAAACAGGAUAGCACGAUGCACAUCACUUGAUUUCUCUAAUAUUAUUCCUGUGUGCUUGAUUAUAUCCAUACACACACACCACCUUUCUACUCCCUUGAGCUCAGGAUACUUUGAACCCCCAGAGGAAGUGAGCUGGACUAGGUGAGGUGGUGAAAGCAUUGUUUGCUUUCUGAGUUUGUAAGGAGAUGAAAUGGCAGCACUGGCUCAUAAAAGGGCUCUGUUGGCAUUCCUCUGAAUUCACACAACUGUCAGAUCUUGAGCUAGGAGAUUAUUAACUGGAUUGCAGAGCACACUAGAAUAGGCCCAGAUUUGAAGGGAGAAGAACUGUACAAAUGAGGUCUUGUGAGCAGACUUCUGCAAACCUUGCUCAGGUUAAUGCAAACUCAGAUGACAAUUGCACAUGUGAAUCGGGCCAUCACAGAUCUGAAGGUUCUUCCACUCCAUCUACACACAAUGCUUUUCAAUGGUGUCACAGUACACAUACAGCUGUCACCUAUCUGCACAUGUGGCUCAACAUUUUUAUUGCCCCCCCAAUUGCAAACCCGUGACCAGUUUGAGGAAAGAAGCAUCAAGAAUGUGGUUUUUAACCAGAAAAGGCUUAGCAGCGAGAGGAGGCAAAGCCCCGCCAGCAUUUCCUCCUGCAGUUCCUACAAUACUAAUGAACGAUCCUUUGCCUCAGGUGUCAAAAGCCAAGAUAAGCAUUCACCUAAAGCUGUAUAAUGAAGAUGCAAGAUUCACCUCUGUGAGAGGGAGUUCUACAACUUAGGGGCCACCACAAAGAAUGCCCUCUCCUUGGCUGCUGCCACCCUGAGCUUUUAUGGGCAGUGGAACAACCAAGAGGGCUCCCUCCACCGAUUUUAGCACCCGAGGGACUUGCAAAGGAGGAGGCAGCCUUUCAAAUAUUUGUGGCCUGAGUCAUUUAGGGCUUUAAACACUUUAAAUGUAAGCACUUCUGCACGCACCAUGUUGUGCCAGCUUUGUCAGUCAGAAAAUAAAGUAGUGUCAUCUCCUCCCUCUUAAAACAAACCAUGAUUUAUUUGUUCCAUUUUCUUCUUUUUAUUUGGUGCUCUCAUUUUCAGGCUUCCCAGAAUACCCUCUUCAGCAGUGAUGGCUGCUACCACCACGCAACUGACCGAGAGCACCAUCACAGUGGGCGGGCAAACGCUAUUUUACCGGCAGGUCCAGCCUGCUCAGCAGAGCCCCCGGUUCUCUGUCUUGCUGCUUCAUGGCAUCCGUUUCUCAUCAGAGACGUGGCUAAACCUGCAGACUCUAUCUAAGUUGGGAGAAGCCGGAUACCGCGCUGUGGCUGUUGACCUGCCAGGUAUGUCUGGAUCUCGACAGGUGAAGGGAUCACUUCCACACCUGUGGGCAACUCCAGUGCAGUUAUAAUUUGAAAUGUAAGAACCUGGCCCUUCCUCAAGGUCAAAAAACUGAUGCUGACACCCAGGCCCUCGUUCUUGUUUUGCUUUUUAACAAUGUGGUAAGUCUCACUCAUGUAUGGAAGAACAUGUGCAAAAAUUGUCAUGCAGGUGUGUGUGCCUUUGGGUUCUGAUCACACACAUUUGGCUCAGUUCAGUUAUCUUGCCAAGCCAUGGAUGUCAUAACCAAAGAUAAAUGUCCUAAACUAUGCUUGGGCUUAGUUGGGUAUAACAGGCAAACCAAGGUUUAGGGCUGCUCACCUGCUUUUGUUUUUCAAUGGUGAGCUUCAUCUCCAUACUGCAGCAGCAUCCUCUUCAGUCCUCUGAAGUCUCAGCAAUGGCCAUAACUGUGAUUUAUCAACGUUGCCUGAACUCAGACAUAACAGCUGGAUCCAGGAUGAGCAUGUAUUUACCUCCAAAGUCCAGCAACCCCAUCCCUGUCCUAAUUCCCAUGCCCCACUAUAACUGAGCCUGUGGCUAAGCCUAAACACGUAUAACUGAAACAACCAGCUGUUGGCUUCCCUGUUCACCCCCUGCUUUCUCUCCCUCUGUUUCCCCAAUUUCAGAUUUUAAUUUGAAAGCUCUUUGGGUCAGACACCUGACCUCUUGGACUCUAUAAAGCACCAUGCACACUACUGAUGAAAAAUAAAUAAAUGGCAGCAGUAGCAAAUCACAGUUAGUUACAAUUGUGGUUUCAAAACCAGCCUCAAAGCGUGCUUUGAGACCCUGGUUUGGCAGUCCCCCUCAAAUCACAGUUUGUAAGCUGGUGUAAUUCCAAGCCUAAUGUGAAACAGAGCAUACAGUGGUACCUCGGGUUACAUACGCUUCAGGUUACAUACGCUUCAGGUUACAGACUCCGCUAACCCAGAAAUAGUACCUUGGGUUAAGAACUUUGCUUCAGGAUGAGAACAGAAAUUGUGCUCCGGCAGUGCGGCAGCAGCGGGAGGCCCCAUUAGCUAAAGUGGUGCUUCAGGUUAAGAGCAGUUUCAGGUUAAGAACGGACCUCCGGAAUGAAUUCAGUACGUAACCCGAGGUACCACUGUAAUGGGAGCUUCCAGGCACAUGUUCAUUGCUGGAUUGUUGCUGCUUGUGCAUGCAAGGGUGUGUCCCUCCCCCCCCCCCCAACAUCCACAUUGCUUUGUUAGCACUGAAAUGCCACCCUCUACUCAUUCCUCCACCCAAUUUAUUCAGUAUUCAUGCUUCCCACAUAACAUGUGUGACGUGCAGUGUCUUGUUUCUUGCGGUCCAGGAUUAGGUCGUUCCAAAGAGGCUACUGCCCCAGCUCCUGUCGGAGAGCCAGCACCAGCCAAUUUCUUGAAGUCUGUCUUCGAGGCCCUGAAGCUAGACCAGGCAGUGGUGAUCAGCCCGUCUCUCAGCGGGAUGUAUUCGCUUCCGUUCCUCUUCCAGCACAGUGAGAUGCUUAAAGCCUAUAUCCCAGUGGCACCCAUCUGCACAGAGAAGUUCUCAGCCACACAAUAUGCCGGUGUCAAAGUAUGUCUGCCUGGCGGCUAGGCAUGCAGAGGGGAGGGGAUUCUGAGGUUAAAACUGGGGCAGGUCUUGUUUCAGCCAAUGACACUUAACAGUGUCAGCUGCAGCUGUGGGGGAGGGGGGUGCGCCAAGGCCAAAAUUAACUGGGUGGGCCCAUCUCCUGGCUACUGUCACUACUGCUUAUUCAGAGCCCUCUCUAUCCAUGCCCAGUUGGCACUGCUGACCAGAAGAAGAGGAGUUUGGGUUUGAUAUCCCGCCUUAUCACUACCCUACGGAGUCUCAAAGUGGCUAACAUUCUCCUUUCCCUUCCUCCCCCACAACAAACACUCUGUGAGGUGAGUGAGGCUGAGAGACUUCAAAGAAGUGUGACUAGCCCAAGGUCACCCAGCAGCUGCAUGUGGAGGAGCGGGGAAGCGAACCCGGUUCACCAGAUUACGAGUCCACCCCUCUUAACCACUACACCACACUGCAGCUCCUCUUCUUUAGUCUUGCCACUGCUGAUACUCCUGGAGAGGGCAAAUGCAGGGGUAUGGGCCUCAGCCAGUACCUUGCAGUGCAGACUUCUGACACCAGCCCUGGGAAUUAAAAGGCAUUGAAAAAUAAUUGAGGGGAAUACAGAGAACAGCAGUACAGUCGUACUUUGGAAUUCGAACAGCUUAGUUGCUGAACAUUUUGGAUCCCAAACGAUCGAAAACCAGAAGUGAUUGUUCUGGUUUUCAAAUGUUCUUAUGGAAGCCGAACAUCUGAUGCGGCUUCUGCGGCUUCUGAUUGGCUGCAGGAGCUUCCUACAGCUAAUCAGAAGCUGCGCCUUGGAAGUCGAACAUUUUGAAAGUCGAAUGGACUUCUGGAGCGGAUUCCGUUCAGCUUUCAAGGUACCGUAUUUUUCGCUCCAUAGGACGCACUUUUUCCCCUCCAAAAAUGAAGGGGAAAUGUGUGUGCGUCCUAUGGAGCGAAUGCAGGCUUUCGCUGAAGCCUGGAGAGCGAGAGGCAUCGGUGCGCACCGACCCCUCUCGCUCUCCAGGCUUCAGGAAGCUAUCCGCAAGCCUUGCAAGCCCGGUGGGAGUUCCCGCGGGCUCACAAGGCUUGCAGGCAGCAGCCUGCAGCCCCGGCGAGUGUCCGCAAGCCUUGCGCGCCCGGCAGGAGGUCCCGCCGAGCGCGUGAGGCUCGGGGCAGCAGCCUGUCGCCCGAGCACGGGGAGCCCUCCGGAGGGCUCCCGUGCUCGGGCGCAGUGUCCGCAAGCCUUGCGCGCCGGGCAGGAGGUCCCGCCCGGCGCGCAAGGCUUGGGGCUGCAGCUGUCGCCCGAGCACGGGGAGCCCUCCGGAGGGCUCCCCGUGCUUCGGGCGAGUGUCCGCAAGCCUUGCGCGCCGGGCAGGAGGGAGAGGAUUGGGGUGGUGGAGGGGGGGAGAGGAUUGGGGUGGUGAGCUCUGCCACCAACACAUGCACAAAAGAUAAUUUUUUUUAUUCAUUUCCCCCCCCAAAAAACGAGGUGCGUCCUAUGGACCGGUGCGUCCUAUAGAACGAAAAAUACGGUACGUCUGUAUCAGCAAUUGCAUACAACAGGGAAAGGGUUCCUGAGCUAAUCACUAGAGGGCAGUGCCUACUGCUUCAUUCUCAGGCACAAAACUGCUUUCAGAGAUGCAAAGCAGGCCUAUAAUCAGGCCUACAAACACAAACAGGGAAGCUUGUUCGCUUUUUUUCUUUCUGCAAUGACUGCCUAUCAUCUCAUAAGAACCGCUCCAAGGAUAGUGUGAUGCAGGGAUCAUUUCACCAUUAUGAGAAAAAGAACUGCUGUGAUAGCCUUCUCCCCAUUAGUGGGUUGAUGGAGGAAGUGUGAUCUUUUACAUGAGCAAGGAAAGUAAGUCUGCUUCUACACUCAGAAGAGAAAAUGCAUCAUUAGAAGCAAGAGGGAUUAGAUUGUAACUGCUGCAAAUCUCUGAGCGUUCCUUAACCUCUAAGUGUAGCUUUGUAAUGUCUCUUGCAAACGCAGAGCACUUAAUCUGACUGUUAUCCAAAUACCUCACUUUUUAAUAUUUUAAGCUCCUCCUCCUAUUAAUCUCUGGGGUGUGCCUUUGCCCAGGCAAAUGUGGCUGGCAAAUGCAAAAUCUCCCCUUGCAAAUGUGACCUUUUUUUAGCCCUGGUAACCCUGUAAGACAAUAGCUUUGACAGCAGUGGGAAUUCUCUGUACUUCUGUGAAUCCUGAACAUCUCUACCGCAGAUAUUCUGAGCUAUUUAAAAUGUGGGAGAGGUUUGUUUUCCUUGCUAGGAGAAGGUACUGCAACCAGGAAAGGAUAAUUCUACUGGCAGUAAUACCAUUAAUAAAGGUUUAAACACUGAAUAACACAGAGAUCAAAGAGACAGCAAGCACAUAUUAGCUUCCUGAACUUUUUGUUUGGCACAGAUCAAGGCAAUUACAAUGAAGCACGCAGACACAAUGUGCACAUUUGCACAUUUAGUAUAGGUAAAUUGGACAUCUAAGUGGAGCAGGGUGGGGGGGAGAGGAUUGGGGUGAUGAGCUCUGCCACCAACACAUGCACAAAAGUGACACUACAUGGGUACGAUUGAGGACUGCAUUUGCAGAGUUCCUGAGCUUGUGCACAAUACAGUUUAUAUGUGCAUAGAGUUAUUUCCAACCUCAAACCUGUGUUUCACUUGAGAUAUUUGUUGAAAGCACCCAAGAAGGGGGAAGUUCCUUGUUUGUUGACUUGACUACACUUGACUUCUCUUCUUCCAUACUUAGACACCAGCGCUCAUCGUAUAUGGGGACCAGGAUGCCCAGCUGGGGGAAGUGAGCCUGAACAACCUGAAGAACUUACCUAAUCACAAGGUGAUGCUGAUGAAAGGGGCAGGCCAUGCCUGUUACCUUGACAAACCAGAUGAGUGGCACCAUGGGCUCCUAGACUUCCUGAAGAGCAUAGAGUGA